GCCCAGGAUCUGCGUGGCUCCACUGCUUUCUCUGCGUGUAAAGUGUGCCGAGCGCCGCUCCACUCUGCACUGCCUGUGUGUCUCAGAGCCCGCCUCCCCACAGCUGAGAGAUACAAAGAAACCAAGACUCAGAGAGACCGAUACCAUCAUGAGGCUUUCCCUUGUGUUGGCUGCACAGCACUACUCUUGAGAUCUGCUUUGCUCUGGCACCAGGUUUGUUGUGCACAAUGAAGGUGAAGAGAUGAGCCUGCAGCGAGUCGUCCUGUCCCUGCAGUUCCUGCCACUGGAUCUUUACUGAUUUGUACAACCCAGAGGAUGAUGCCCCUGUCUCCCAGAUAGCACUUCUGAGGACCAGGCCUUCACAGCACGCCUCGUGCACCAUGGCAGGAGAGACUCAGCGAAUGCCCGCUGUCAAAAAGCUGGACGCUGAGUCCAAACUGCAGGAUGAGGAGACAGCACUGGAGCAGCAGAGUGACAAAACCACAAAGGAGUCUUCUGAGCACUUUUCAAGCACAGGCACUGAGGCCAGAGCCAGCAGCAAAGGGCCCAAAGCUGAAAAACUAGAAAAGGAAAGGGACUGUCCUCAGCAGCGUGAGGCUGUCAUACGGCCACAACAAGCAGGAAAAAUUGACUUCAGGUCACUGCAGAACCGAUCAAAAUUUGCAACUGACAGGACUUGGUCAACUGGCAAAGGCAGCCCCCAGUCCCCGAGUGGAAAGGGCCGCAGCAAAGAGAAGGGGAAGCGGUCAGGAAAGGCAGAGCGUGGCAACCCACAGCAGCUGUACAGACUUAGCAUUACAAAUCCACGCUCCAACAAUCCCAUUGGCAUCGCCUACCCACAGCAGAAGGUUUCACCACCCAAGAAGUUGGACACCAGUCGCAGCCUACACUUGGGCAGCUACAGAUUCCACGUUCCCAGUAUAACGGAGAGAGAGCCCGAAGUACAGCAGGAGGAGCUCAGUUAUAGCCGGUGCUUUCAGGAGGCCUCCUCUAAUCUAACCUCCCCAAGCUAUACCUCACAGGCACUGGGUUGCUCAAGUGCAACAUCAUUCCACCCACAUCCACCUCUAUCACAGCAGCAGCAGCAGCAGCAGCAGCAGCCUGCCUCCAUGGAGAACAGCACUACACAGUCUGGCAGCCAGCUAAUGCUGGCUGACUUUCAGCUGAGUGGAUCUAAUGCAUGGCAGUCUCCUGAAAGGACUAAUUACGGAGUUUCAUCACAAAAAUCCUCUACCCUCACAGAAGCCAAUAAGACAAGUGUCUUUGUGCCAGGACCUUUUCAAUAUGGAUAUAAUUUUCUGGAGGAAUCAACUUCAGAUUCUUUUCCCUGUGAACAGAACCCCCAGUCACAAGACUUUACAGACUCCAUAGGCACUCUCCUGAAAGUGGCACACAACUCAUUUUCCUUUCCGUCUGGAGAAGGGCAAAAUAUUGUUCCAAACAGCACUCAGUUCAGUAAUGAACAGCAAUCUGAGGAUGGUAGCUCUUAUUCUUGCUCUCCUCAGUCACAGUACAUUCAAGGGGUAGCGUCCUCCAUUCAGUGUCCGAGGAAUCUGAGCGAGGACUCGGCCAGCAGUGACAGCUCGGGCUCCAGCUCGCAGCAGUCAGAGCAGGGCAAGCCUGCGCUGCCGGAAAACACAGAAACUAAUGGACAGGCAGACGGUAGGGACUCAAACGUCACCUCGGGGAAUAAGAGGAACUGCCACCCUAAAGACACAGCUGCCAACCAAAGAACAUUCAUUCAAGGAAGUGUGCACCACCCGAGAAAUAUUUCACAAGGUCCUGGCUCACACAUGCACUUUACCAGCAAAACAUUUAACAGCCCUCCAGUGAAUAACAUUCACACAGGCUCAAAUCAUUUUGAUAAAAACAUGAACAAUAAGCUUCUAAAUAGGUUACCACAGUCCUGGGAAGGUCAGAGUAAGGCCUAUUCACCCGCUGAUCAAAGCACAGUUCAGUAUUCUGACAUGAAUGAAAAGUUUCAGUUUCAGGACCAGCCAGCACUUGACCAAAGGCCAAAUCCAUCUAAAAAUAGUAGAAUGCCCUGGCAGCAGAUGCGGCCAAACCUGCCAAACCAAAGCAGAACUGAGUUAUCAAGGCAAAUAAGCAAUCAAAAAUUGGCUUACAUUGUUUCCCCCUCUGACUGGCAGGAUGAAAGUAAAUCACAUAAACAUAACUUGCUGAAAAACCCCAGCUCAUUUCAGAGCGGCAGAACUGGAGAUGGCUUUUCAAACCAAAGACAGGAGACUGUAAAACAUUCCAGUAAUACGGUCUCAACUUUUAAAGUAGAGGUGAACCAUGCACAGGUUUGCGAGUCAAAAAAUAAGUCUGUAUACUAUGGACUCAACCCAUCUCUACCAGUGGCACCAAGAAACUACAACUAUCCACCAUUACAGGCACCACCGAUGGGCCUUAUGAUGGUGUCACCUUAUGAAUCCCCCUUGCCCUCCCCCCUUAAUAACCAUGCGUCCAGCAGUACGUGCUCUUCGCUCUCCCCAGCUUCCACCAGCCCUGUAAAUAUCAGCUCAGAGGACAGUCAAAUGUCAAAGUCAGCAACGUCACACGCAUUUUACAACCAGCCCCAGACCAAAUCCCAGUUAUCUUCAGAUCACCUUAGCUCUCACAACCACCACAUACAGUCUGACGCUUCACGAAUCCUUCCUUAUGCACCAGACAGAGCCAAAGACGACAUCAUGAGUUACCUGCAGAACAGCAACCAUGCAAAGACAAAUAUGGAUGGAAACAAAGGUUACGUGGACAGUUUUGGGGUGGAGCAUCACCAGCCUCCGCCACCAUACUCUGCACAUCAACUGUUAGCCACCUCAUUAGCCACAGCAAACCUUGACCAGUUAGACGUGCUUCUCACAUGCAAGCAAUGUGAUCAAAAUUUCAAUAACCUGGCUUCAUUUCUAGGCCAUAAGCAAUACUGUACUCAACACACAUUUGCACAAAAUGAACUCAAAGACUUAACAAAGACAGACGACAGUAGGAAGUUUCACACAGAAUCAUCCAAAGCAGGGCCUUCUGUGUCAAAUGUUUCAAUGACCCGGUGUCCCUCUGACCUCCACCUGUCCCUGUUGGACCUCAACAAAAAUGGGGAACUGAUAUCUGACAGUGAAACAAAAGGAGACAGUAAGGAUGAUCCAAUGAGACUCAACUUGUUCUCUGGCCCUAGUAACAUCGCCGUGCCUCUCCCUGAGCUGGAAAUGGAGGACGCAAAAUUAGACAGCCUAAUCACAGAGGCACUAAAUGGAUAUCAGUCAGAUAAUGCAGAGAUAGACAGCAGCUUUAUAGAUGCAUUUGCUGACGAUGACCUCACCACUGUCAAAGCAACAUCAAACAAACUAUGUCUGAAAACCAAAGAAUCUCUGGUCUUUGAGAGUAAAAAUAAACAAGCAAGAGAUGAUGACAGGUCUUUCACACCGGGAAAAUAUUUCUACAAGACUGAUGUUGAGAACCCCGACACAGCAAAGCAGCACACAGAAAGCAAACUGGAGAAAAUAUCGUUGGAACAAGGUGAGAAGAUUAACAUAAAAAAAGAAGUCUCUCAUAAAAAUUCAAGAAUUGCCUCAAGGGAGAAGACAAGCGAACAGGAUAGCAAAGUGAAAGAGGCAAGAAAAGUGUGCAAGAGUGAGGAUGAAAACACAAAAACACAAAGGUUUCUCUUAUCAAACAAGCUGCCUGAACGUUGCGGGGUAAAAAGCUUACAGGACAGCUCUGCACCUCGAGGGUCACCACCCACAAAGGUCUCCACAUCUCCAACCUCAAGGACUGCAGUGAAAGAGAGCAAGAGGAAAAACAGUGGAGGGGGAACCUGGAGCAAAGAACUUAUUCACAAAAUAGUUCAGCAGAAGAACAAGCUCCAUAAACUUCAAGUUAAAGGCACCAAAAACCUCCAGUUUUCCUUGGUGAUGGAGAGACUGACUCCCACAGUACAGAACCCUGCAUUUGGAGAAUAUGACUAUGUCUCAGACUCUGAUGACGAUUGUGAGCCUGUGAAGAUAGCAAGCCAAGGUCGACUAAAUCAAGGAAGUCGUUGUAAAUACACAUACACUAAAGAAUGCAAAUGGAGAGCAAGAAGUGAGAGGGACCAGGCAGCAUGGCGUCAUGAGUCAAAGGAGUGUUUUGAGGUGAAAAAAAGUGAGGAAGUUUCACUCUCACCUGAGAAACAUGGUUCUCACCAGAGACUAAGAAGGAGGGGUAGCAGGUCAUCCACAAGCAGUGAACUUAGCACAUCUGUGAGUGUCUCAAGUGAUAGUAUUAACAGUCCCAAGAGCACUGAUCGGGCUGACUCUGACUGUGAGAAGAAGACAGAAAUGAAAAGGAAACCGUCUUCAGAACAGAAAACCUAUGAAAGGUCUUCUCCACAGAAGUUAUGUAAAGAGUCCAGCACACUAGCACUGACAUUCACCAAAUCUGUCAGGAAGUAUAACACCGACAAAAUCAUUCUUUCCGACAACAAAGACAGUCCACACGAGGUAAAGAAAUAUUAUUCAAAUCCAGAAGUUGCUGAUUCAGUGUCAUCCCCACAGAAACCAAAGGAAACACUGAAAAACUAUGAAAGAAGCAGAGGCUUUCAUACGAAAUUAAGAGAAAAGCUGGUGUCUCACAGAAAAGAAUCCACCAGUGACGACAAAAACACUCUAAAGAGAGUCAACAACCAAUGCACCAAAGAAGAACCAACACCACGUAGUUUUAGUAGUAGCACAAAGAACAAGCUGCUACAAUUUGAUUCACACUCUCCUGUCACCAACAAAGAGAGUGAUUUGAAUAUUGACAGAAACACAAAGGGCAAAAUCAGAGAGGGGCCCAAAGCGUUACAGCCGGAGCUAUCAGACAGCUCCACAUUGGAAAAACAGAUUGACAGUGUCUGUGUGGUGAAAGAGGCUAUUACUUUAGGCAGUAACCUCAACACACACAAGCCAUCUCUGUGCACCUUAUUGAUGGAUGAGGUGUGUCUAUCUUCAACUGAGAACAGCAACUCAUUGAUACAGAAAGAUUCGCUCCACAUCAUGCCCUAUCCUCUGGAUCAGGAGCAAGGGCUCUCAUUUGACACCUCGUCAAUGUUCGGGGACCUCACAGGAUUCGACAGUGGCCUUUACUCAGAAAUGCCAAUUCAGAAAGAGGGUCUCCAUUCAAUAGAGACCAUGUCUGAUAAAAAAGAGCAAUUUGUGUCAUCCUUUUCUUCCUUUCUGGAACACAGAGACUGGAACCUUAUAGUUAGCCCUGUGCUACCAGAUGAGAUAUCUCAGUACAAAGACAACUGUGAGAAAUCAAAUGAAAAGAAACCAGAUUACAAUCACAUCCCGUUGUCUCUGCCAGAAAAAAUUAUUGACUACAGUGCAAAUCUGAACAGCUGUGCGUCAGAGGAUGAGCUGGAGAUAAAGAGGAUAGUUAAUGAGCUUGAAAACCAGCUGCAGACAACUAAAUUGGAAAGCCCACCAUUACUGGAUCACGAUGUCCCUAAACAGCUGCAAAUGAGCAAAUUUUCACCUUUAAGACUGGUUGAUGAGUCAGAGAGUGACAGCACUGGUCUUGAUAUGAGACCGAUGGAUGUCACAGUCACCAGAAUGCCGUCACAGCCUUUCACAGAACCAGGACUCCCUUGGUCCAGUCCAUUCACAUUUGAACUAAUGGAUGAACACCACAGUCCCCAUACCCUGCAUAACAAUGAUCCAAAGGCACUUGAACAUUUUACUGAAAAAGAAAAUGAUGCACCAGUUAUGAUUACUACAUCCUCACAUGUUGAAUGUUCACAGCUCCAGCGUGACCAACAAUCCCAAGAGAGGCGUGUGGAGAAAGUGGCUCUUUUAGAAACAAAGGAAGACAUCUUAGAAGAGAAGAGAUAUACAGAAAACCUCAUGAAAAGCCUUGAGGUGAUUUCAGACUCUAUAUUCAAAAAGGAACCCAUAAUAUUGGAAAAAAAGGAGGUGAAUGUCAGCUCUCUCACCAGUCAACAACAUCAAGAAACUGAAUGUCAAGCAGCUGAUGCCGUUAAGAGAGAAGAUCCGGGUGAAAAGGAGGCAAUUACUGAGAAUAAGAAUAUAUUAUCACCUCCAAAUAUCAAUGAGAGGAAGGAUGAUAUUGAAUUCAUUCUGAAUGACUCACAGUCAUCUUGCUCCAAUAGCACUGACACCACAGUGAAAGGAAACCCGCCAAUUUCAUCACAGCCAAGUGAGCCCUCAGAAAACAGUGAUGGAGAGGGUGAAACUAAAGUCUCAUCAGAGGAGGAUAUCCCUGACAAUAAGCCUUUGAUUGAGUCUGCGCACAGUUCAAGUGAAGCGACACAUGACCUGCACAGGGUUGGGAAGUCCUGUGAGAACAGUAAUGCAGAAACAACUUUAAAUCAGUCAUUCAAAAACGAGGAACAUUUGACUGAGGAUGAUUGUGAGGAAGCUCGGGCAGUGAAGGGAAUCACCGGUCAGUCCGACAGCCACCCUUCAUCACCAGCGUCACCUGACAGCAGUCUAAACAUUGAGAUGAAAAUUGUAGAUGUGAUGCAAGAGCAGUCCUCUAAUAAUUAUAGUAAUACUGGAGAAUUUAGCCCAAUGCAUGCUGGUGAAUUAUAUAUGGAAGCAUCUGAGACUUUGAUAGAGGCACAUGAAACAGCUAAAAGUGAUGAUUUGAUUGGACUUUGUCCAUCCACUAAUUGUAGCCCUGUUAAGAUGAAUGCUGUAAGUCCAAGAAAUGAUUUGUCAGUGGACAUAGUUGCCACUGAAAAGCCCUGUACGCCAAUAUUAGAGGAGACCAGUACAGAGAGGUCUAGUCACUGCUCACCUUUCCAAGACACCCAGUCCAUCGAAGGACAACACAAUCUCUUGGUCUUUUCCCAGUCUGGUGCUCUCAUUGACAGUGAUUCCUGCAAAGCUAUUCAGUUUAAUGACUCUUUGAAACCUCAACUGGGUCUUGCAUUUGACUCCAUUCAGAAAGAGGAUGAGAUUUUACAUGUUCCAGACAUCAAAGAACAUCUUCCUGUUAAUUUCAUGGCAAGUCACCAAAACUCACCGUGCAGGGAGGAGAUGGAAGAAAGUCAUUGCCUCUUUCUACACACUGCCCCCCCAAGCAGCCCUCUUUUAUCCACCUCUCUUAAAAUGCCAAUGCAGAAAUUGGACCUAGAAGACACUUUGUGUCUCUCACGAAUCAAAUGUGAUGACAUGUCUGUUGAUGAGGGCUCAAGUCAAAAUGUAAAAGCCCCAACAAACAAAGAUGGCAGCCACAGUGCCAGAGAGGCUCUAAACAGUGAAGAACAGUCGAAGGCAGCAGGUGAGACGGAGUAUUCUUUGAUAAGCCCUCCUCACCUGGACUUGGGAAUCGCAGAGUGUAAAAUCUCCAACUCUGAAACCACCUGUCCCUCGCCGCUUCAUGUGACCAGCACAGCAGAACAACCAGAGGUGGAGAGGGAGAAAGAUCCAAUAUAUGAUUUCAAGCUCAGUCCUCUCAACUACAACAGCAUUUCAGAUGAACCUCCACACCUGAAUCAAUAUGACUACAUACCAAUUUCACCAGCCACUAAACCAGAGGACAGUAAGCAGAGUCCCACAGAAGACUGUGAACCAUGUGACCUGAAUGUAAACCCUGCACUGAACUUUGACAAAGCUGCAACAGACACAAAAUUAAACACAGACUCUGCAGCUAAAAUAAAUGUAUCAGAUGACCCAAUGGUUCUUCAGCAGCAUAUAGAAGUCACAUGUUUUCCAGUGGGUCUCCCAGCUGAAGUCAGUAGUACAGAUUAUUCAGGUGGUUGUUCAAAGAAAGACGUUGAGAUUCAUCAUGAGCCAGUUGAGGCUACAGAUCCGGUGCAGGUCCAUGCUGACUUGCUUAGACACAUUGAAGCCGUGAAUAUGGAUUCUCACAAGCCUUCUGCUGAGGACAGUUCACUUCACCAGAAAGACAUUUCAGAUGGUCCACCCACUCCUAAGCCAGUGAUCAUCUGUGAAAAUGAAGAAAUGCCUCUUCCACCAGACCCGCCGUCACAGAAACAACCAACAACAGAGACUGGCCACAAAGUACCAACAGAAAUGUCACAAAAGAAGACACAGAACAACGCUCAACAGGGGAAAGAACUCUGUGAAAUCUGCUUCAUGUGUUUCAGGACUGUGCCAGGAUUAAAGAGACAUAAGGCCAUGAAACAUUUGGUCCGAACUGAAAAACACAUUGGCCCACAGAAAACAUCAAACCAUGAGGCAAAUAUGCUUAUUAAUGAAGUGUCACAAACUCUAGAGAAAGAACAUAAAGAUGAUUCACAGGCCUGUUAUUUGACAAAAAUAGAUGGCCUGCUUGAGACAAGUAACACUCUCAUCUCUAAAGCACCAGAGACCGAGUCACUACUGGAGGAAAUGGUAACUGAGAAAAAUGCAGUGUCGGUGGAUGAAAUAGGCCGUCAAAGCCCUCCGCUGCCAGCGAAAGCAAAGAAAAACAACAAAGCUAGGAAGAACAAAAACAGUGAGAUAAACACAAAGCCUGACCCUUUCUCUGAUGAGAUUUUAAAUAUACUGAAAACAGACAUUCUUCAAGCUUUAACUCCCGAAUUCAAAAACAGUGGACUACAAGGACAAUGCAAAUCUCCCGAGGAGCAGGUGAGAAUCAAUGGCAGAGCUGUUACUGGAACAGAGCAAUUCCCUGAUGAUACAUCUCAAAUUCCAACAAAAGAGACACAUGCACUGAUUGAAACUGUGGAGCUAAGUCAUAUCAAUCAUACAGAGGAAAUGAAAUGUACGAGGUUGACAGAGGUGGCAAAUGGAGAAGUAUGUGCAAACAAUGGUGUGGAAAGUGCUAUAUGUGCAGACAAGAAUAUAAUCAGUGAAUGUGAGGAGGCCACACAGACUCUUUGUCCCAUGAAAGAGAUGUGUGAGCAGAAAGGAUUAGAAGGGAACCUUGCACAGGAGAAUCUUAGAAAAGUGGAAGUCGAGAUAAAAAGUGAGAAAAACAGUGGCUCAUCAGACGAGGCCUCACAGCCUCUGUCCAGUUUGAAUGCUCCGCCUCUCAGUCCUCCUGGCUUAUCAUCCGAUCUGAGGGCCAUACUCGACGAUGACGCCACAUUCUCUCAAUUGUUCCCCAGAGAUGAGGAGGCAAAAAGGAAAAAGUCUCCAAGGGUGUACAGCAAAAAAAACAAAAGAGUAAAGCUGUCGUCAGACUCAAAUACUACUCAGGAUUACGCUUCUUCAGAAAGCUUCAUGCCAAAUAAAGAUCAGUACAUGGACAAGCAAGCAGAGCCAUUCACUGCCAACCCCGCCAACCACUGUGAAUAUGAGACAAUAUCUAUUGAUGAUGCCAUCAUGUUGAACAUGUGCCACAACAGCACAUUGAAGGCUGAUGCCAAGCCACUGCCAGAUUCCAAACAAAGUCAAAAGAAGGAUGUUGAUAAGGAUCUUGAAGAGCCUGCCAAUAUUCGGCAUAAUCCACUUGAGAGCACCAUCGAUAAACCACCAAUCGAAUGGAGUGGCUCCUCUGAUUUGACUUGCUUUGACACAGACUCAAGAGUAAUCUCUGAGCCCAACACCUGUAAACCUGAAGUGCCAUCCACACCUCCUCCUCCUCCUCCUCCUCCUCCUCCUACUCCUACUCCUCCUCCUCUGCCCCUUCCUGCUGUCCCAUAUCCUGUGGAGCCACCUGUCAAAGAGAAUAUCCAAACCACAGCAUUCCACAGCAUAGACAUCCAAAGCAUCAACACCACAUUUCAACUACCUGAGGUUCAUAUCUUCGACUCUAAUGACAUCUCAGUGUCUCCUACUAUUACAGCUGUCGACGUGGAGAACAGAGAUGAAGAAAAGUCCAAGAAAGUAGCAGAGCGACGUGGAAGGAAACGGCAAGAUGGUGGAAUUAAGGUCAAAGAUAAACAAUACAAGUGCAAAGUGUGCUUCACGUGGUUCCUCACCCUGGGUGAGCUGAACUUUCACAAGUUGUCCCACAACCCCUCUCCACCUCCAACUUGCUACAUGUGUGUGCAGCGCAAAUUCAGCUCUAGGGAGCAGCUGAGAGAUCAUCUGAAGGAGAAACAUGCCAAGAAUAAGACAGGGAUCUGGACCUGUGGAAUGUGCUUGAAGGAGAUAUCAGACGUGUGGAUGUACAACGAACAUUUACGCGAGCAUGCCACUCAGUUUGCCCGGAGGGGUCAGACUCAAGGUUCAAUAUUAGACAUCCCAGGUUGCUUCAUGCAGGAGACAGCCGUGAAGAACUUUAUCACCUCCAUCAUGCAACACCGCCCCAGUAAAGCCACCAGGGAGUCCAGCAAAGCCACAAAAGAACAGGAAAAAGCUGUUUCUCCAGAAACCUCUGUGAAAGAGGGGAAAACAUCAGACCGUACUGAGCCAAGAGUUCACAGGACCAAAAGCAACGGUGGAGCAGGUGGGAAGCAGAGCACAUUGACCCCACUGGAGGUCCUCCACAACACAGAGACAUCUAAAAGUGUGGAGAUGCAUCCCAACUGCAAAGAUCCAUCAAGAGACUGCCACCACUGUGGGAAACAGUUCCCUAAGCCCUUUAAACUCCAGAGGCACUUAGUGGUUCACAAUUUGGAAAAGAUCUUCCUUUGUCACAAGUGUCCCGUCUCUUAUCAGGAGUUACAGGCACUUAAAGACCACCUGAAGACAGCACACGAGGAGGUGGACGAGCCUGACUCAAAACACACCACUCUGUACACCUGUGAGCUCUGUGCCGAUGUCAUGCACGUGAUCAAAAAAUCUUUCAUCUGCAGCACCUGCAACUACACCUUCUCUAAGAAGGAACAGUUCGAUCGUCACAUGGAAAAACACCUGUCUGGGGGGAACCAAAUCUUUAAAUUCCGAGGCGUCCUCAGACCUGUCAAAGCAUCCAUGUCCAAAGAAGAUGAAUGUGAUUCACCUGCAAGUAAAAAGAGAAGAAUUCUCUCUGACAGUCUGCAAGAAAAUAGCUCUGACGGCACUAAUUUGGCGAAUUUGAGCUCACUGCACUUAAAUAAAAACUCUGACGCCCAGUCCUCGAAACUCUCUGUGUUCACAGCAGACGACUCCACACAGACCAUGGCGAGCGAAUGCAACAGCGACACAAACAGUGCAAAUGUGAAGACUGAGGACAUGGCUGAGGACUACUCUGAACUACUUGUCGAGCUUGAGAAAUGUAUCCAUAUGGGCUCGUCAGACUCUCCUACGCCCAAGAAAGAAGAGAUUGACGCGAGUCCCUCACCUAAUGGGAAUGGAAAAUCAGUUGCCGAAGUAUGUGACGUGAAAGAGGAGAAUGAGUCAGUCUGCAUUAGAGCCGAGACAUCCUCAUGGUCAGCAGCUAAAGAGAGCAGUAGUGUGGGGGUGGAAGCUAAGGAAAGCUCAGCAGAGGGUGACACAGCUGAGAUGGAGGAAAAAACUGAUUUGCCUCCUCCUGGUGAAGAGCCUGUUGGCAUCUCGAGAGAAAAUCGAACAAUUUCAAAUACACCAGCAAGGCAUGAAGUAGCAGUCGAAGUGAUGGACCAGCAGACGGGUGAUGAGCAGUGGCAGCGCACGUCAAAAGCUCCUAAUAAUGACAGCAAACAGCAAACUUUAUCUCGUGGUGCUGAGCAAGAAUGUAGCAGUCAGACGAAAGACAGAGCUGCCAAAACAAAUGACAACAUGAAGAACAACAUGAUGACAAGCAGCACAAAGGCUCCGGAAUCAACACCAGUCCUCCACUCCAAGGUCUCCCUCAACACGUCCGUCUCAAAUGAGGACAAAGAAUCUCUGAGACCACAGAAGAAGAGGAAGGACACAAAAUCCCCUCACAGCCUGCAAAGGGUCUCCUCUCCAGCCACACAAGAGAACUUCGGUGUCGACUCCAGGGCCAAGAAGAAAUUUCGGGCCAGCAAGUGUGCAAACUCCUCUCUGCAAAGAAAGUCAGACGGACCCAGCGACUACCCCGUACUGUCAUCCGUACGGGACGACGUCGUGAGCAACAAAAUAGUCUCCAAGUACAAGACGUCCAGCACGACUUUGCCAUCAAAAAGAAGUUUGCUUGACAGCUGCAGUCCAAAGAAAGCUGACAAUGUUAAUCCUCUGAACGGGGAUUACAAAGCCAAAAAGGGAGCGCUGGGCCGACCUUUGCAUCCCCCUAUUUCUAAAGUGUCUUCAGUUUCUAUGAACAAUGCUUUGAAUAAAUCCAGGCCAAAGAUGGGGGUUAGGUCAAUGGAGAGCCAUUCCUAUCGGACAGUCGAGUCCCAGAACCACCUCUUAAGCCAGCUGUUUGGUCAGAAACUCACUAGCUUUAAGAUUCCUUUAAGGAAGGACACGUCAGAAUCUAUUAACUGAGUGGGGGUUUGAGGGAUCUGUGAAUAAGAGACUGUAAAUGUUUUAAGACAAUUCCUUAUGGUGAAUGAGAUUGCACAGCUGUUUUCUGUGAAAUGCUAUCUUUAAUUACUUACAUAGUCACUUUAUGUCUUUUUUGUACAUUUUUUUUUUUUUAACCCAAAUGUGAGGACAGAUGGCAGAUAUGAAUUUUGGGUCUAAAAUGAAUAUGCUAUUUGGGAGAAUUUGUCUGCUUUUCCUAUGUUGGAUAUUGUCCUUUUCAUAGAUUAUAUAUCGUUAAAGUAAAGGAAAGAAAAUAAGAAUACUUGAAAAUACAGUAAAGUAUGUUUCCUCUAAGAAAUGCAUGUUCGUUUUGCAUUCAUAAUAUGAUUUUAUCAGUUUAAGUCUCUUUUUUUGCAAAUGACGUCAUAACUGACCUGGACUAUUGUCUGUGCACCUUUCGUAAAAUGCUUCCAGCAUAUUCAUUGUAACUUUUUUUUAUUAUUUUUUUAACUUUACUGUACUGCAUCGACAAUGCUCAUUUUAGCCUUUUGUAUAAACAUUACCUGGUGCUACAUUGUGUAUUAUCGUAAUGUGAAUGCCAAUGCCCGCUGAAGGGAAACAUGAGAUCUGUAGCAGUUACAGUACAUUCAUUCAAACGAUUUUACUGGUUCUCUUUUGUUUAUUGAAGAUACUGUGUAAACCAUCCAAGUGCAUCAAUGUAGACUGAUAGAACAGAAAAUUAGGAACAGUUCCAUUAGUUUCCUAAGCUUAACGGAUAAACUCAGGUGCAUACAUGGACAUUACAGUCCAUAGACCUGUAUUGAGAGUUCUUCCCCUGCACUGAUAACACCACACACCAAUCACAAACUCAGUCAUCUGUGUCUGCAACUCAUCAGACAACUGUUGAAUUAUGAAUAGUAUUUACUCAAGGUGCAAAGGUGCUUUAUCUUGUUUAUACUGUAUGUACCUUAUAUUGUAUAAUAUUGUAGGUAGACUGUUUGGUGUAAUGCUUCAUGUCAAAGUUUUAUUUUAAUAAUGUGCAAAAAGAAUCAGAGAAGAAAGGGAAAUGCGGUGCCUCUUGCAAGUUGUAAAGUGGUUCACUGAAUGCAUCUUUUAUAGUUGUUAUUAAAGAUCUGUGAUGGUC